AUGGCAAGCUUCCGACCGGGCGCGCCGGGCCAUGGGUCGACCGCUGGCAGCGUCUCCAUCUCGGCCUUCGUCAAGGACAAGAGCCUCGCGUACGUCGAGCGCAUGCUCGCGGUCACGGCGCGGGGCGGCGUCUACUACUCGUCCGACGUCCAGGCGACCUUGGCGAUCCCGAGCCAUUUGGAUGCGACCAAGGUCUGCAGCCGCGUGAUCCAUGCGCUCAAGCGCGAGCCGAACGUGGUGGCCACCGAGACGUCGGAGGGCAACUGGCGCUUUGAGGGGCCCCAUACGUCGAUGGACCGUCCGAUCGUCACGGCCGACUCGGUCAAGACGCUCUACGACGCGAUCCUUCUCGAGCACAGCGUGAGCGUGAGCCUUCUCGUGCGGAACUCGGCCAAGUACCCGCUCUCGAACCUGCGCAACCGCUUGCACAAGACGGGGUAUCUCUCGACCGACGCCAUUGCACCCGCCAUCGACAUCAUCAUCGAUACGGUGCUUCGCCACGACACGAGCAUCCGCUUGAUCAACAACGACAUGCUCAUCUCGACCGACAAGACGGAAGGCGAGCACAAGGACGACGACGACGACGAGCUCCCGACCGAGCGCGACGCCUUGGUCGCCGUGCUCGCCCACCGGCUCGCGAGAAAGGCCAUCUACUCGCGCCGGUCCGUCGGCCUCGUCGAGCAGCAGCUGCUCGUGCACAAGCUACCCGAUACGGGUAUGCGCCGCCGCGUCGUGCAGCGUCUGCAAGCCAUCGGUUGUUUUCUCUUUGUCGGUGACAACGACGCGACUGCGAUCGUGACGCUGGACCAGGACUGCCUCUACCGCCCGAUCCACGCGUUUGGCGACCUCAGCUUUCUUCGGCGGACGUGUGCCACGUGGCCAACGGUCACGAAUGGCGUUGCCAAGGUCGCGUCACGACCGCCGUCCGUGGCUGUCCCGAUAUCCGUAUCCACGACGCCAAAGAGUACGUCGUCGUCAUCGGUGCUGACGCCCGACCAAGUGCACGCGGCCAUUGAAGCCUACAUCUUUGCCGCGCAGCAGUGGCUCGAUGCGCAUGCCGAGGCCUGUCCGUCUGCUCACGUGUACUCGUGGAAGGUCGGUCUGACGUUUCCAGUGCCAUUGAGCAUCAUGAAGUCGGUCGUGGUUCCUGCGCUCGUGACCGACCCGCGCCUGCGCUACCGUCCGAGCUACCUCACGCUCUACUGCUUUGGGCCGCAAUCCGACGCGAUCUCGGACGACGCGCCGGCGACGCUCGAUGACGUCAUGGACCAAGUCGUGCCGCAUUUCCGGACGCGCAUGCUUGCAAUGACGCGGAAAGGCGACGUCUACGGCGCCGCCGACGUCAUCGGGUCGCUCCGCGUGCCGUCGCAUCUGAACAAGGACUCGGCGGUCAACUGCGUUCUCGACGCGCUCGCUCGCCACCCGGACGUCACGUGGCGGGCCGGCGACAGUCUUGGCCACUCGGGCUUUGUCGCAAGCGACAGCCACGUCAAGCUGCCGACGCCGCUCGUUGUGCCGCCGGUCGUCGCGUCGCAGUGGGUCAUCACGCCGUCGUUAUCGUCGCCGUCGUCGCCGUCGCCGCCGCGCCCGACAAGUUCGCUCACGGUCGACACGCGUCCCCGGACGCUCUACGACGCGCUUCUUAUCGAGCACAGCGUGCGCGUGGUCGAGCUCGUCCACGCGGCGUCCGGCCAUGCGUACUUGCUCCAGCACGUUGCUAGUCGCUUGGCGCGCACGUCGUACAUUCCACCGGCGUCGGCGCAGGACGCGCUCGAGACCGUCGUCAGCAUGGUGCUCCGGCUGGACCCGAGCCUGCGCGUGCUCGAGUCAGGAGACGGACCGUGCUUGGCACUCGGUGUCGCGCCGUCGCGGGUCGUGGGCGACACGGACGCCUCGCUACCGAGUGAGCUCAACGCGGUCAUGGACGUCGUCGCUCGCCGGUUUGCGCGGCGGAUUGCGUAUGCGCCGAUGCGCUUGGUGUCGAUGGCGACGCAGCUGACGCAAUGGGGCGUCACGAACGUCUCGGACGUGCUCGUCGGUGUCCAGGCGCGGCUCCAGUCGGUCGGGUGCUUUGUGUCGGCGGUCGUCGGCCCCGAUGUCGUCACGGCCAUUGACAAUGCGUGCUUGCUGCGCCCAGCGAGUGAGUUUGGCACGCUUGUGUUUCUGCGGCGCGAGCCGCGCUUUGCGUCACCAAGUGACGCCAAGUCGCCUGCGACGAAGCCACCACCGGGCAUGGUCGUGUCACCGGCCAAGCCAAUGGUGGACGUGUCUCUGCCGCCCGCACUCGCGUCGAGGUCGCUCUUGGAUUUGUUACUCGAGUGGCACGCGAUCACGCUCGGCGAUGCACUGCACGCGCUCGGUGAACCGCUGGCGAUAUCCCGCGUACACCGGCACCUCGAACGCACGGGGUACAUUACAUCGGACCUGCUUCCGCGGGCGAUCUCGGUGGUCCUCGCGCAGUUUGCGUCGGACGCGAGCCUUGGCAUGGAGGGCGACGGCGACGACAUGGUCGUGGUGCCGAUGGGCGAGCGCCGUCAUUGGACCACGCCUCGGUCGACGCCUUUCGACGGUCCGAGCAUGGUGCAAGCGACGGUGAUUGAGUUUAUCGAGCUCAUCGUCAAGGCGCCGCUGGACUACGUGGCCAUGGCGCGCAUCGUCAAGGAGAAGCCGCGCUUUGGCUACUCGACGAGCAAGACCAUGAAGCUCGUGCAGCAAGCGCUCUUUGAGACGGACUGCUUCCAAGUGCUCAAGACGGGCGAGAAGGCGCUCGUCACGAUUGCGCCGUGGGCCCUCCCGCGCAAAGCGAGUAUGCUGGUCAAGCACGCACUGCUGGCGCACUUGCUUGCGCGCUGGUUCUCUCCACCGCCACCACCAAACGGCGACCGUCCUACCGACGCUGCUCCGAGCAUCGACCGGCGUACCGAGCCGACGUCGACGGUCGUGAUCGAUCGAUGGGCUGUCGACGGUCCAACGACCGAUGCGACAGCACUCGAGGCGUACGUGGCGGCCUCGUUGGCGUGGCUAGAGACGCACGACGAAGCGUGUGGCGAAGCCGUCAUCUACGACCUCAAGCUCGAGUACCCCGUCUUGCCUGGCGUUAUCAAGACGCAAAUCCUUCCGGCGUUGAAGUGCGACCCGCGAUUGCAGAGCCGCCCGAGCUACGUCGCCGGCUUUUGCUUUGGGCCGCGCAGCAACGUAGACACGAACGCGCCGCUCUUGACGCGGGUGCUGGCGCAGGUUCUGCCGCACAUCAAGCGGUCGAUGCUCGCGACGAUCGAGAAAGGACGUCCGUUCCACGAGUCGGACGUGCGCGGACUCUUGCGUCCGCCGGCGACGCUAUCGCUCGACAUCGUCGUGCAACAUGUCCUUGGCGCGCUCCAGCAAGAGCCCAACGUUCGCUUUACGCUCAAGAGCGACACUGGGCGUCUGGUGUUUUUCAGUCGAAACGACGAUGACGACGAUGACAAUGACGACGACGACGACGAUGACGACGAGGACGACGAGGACGACGAUGACAGCGAUGGCGAUGACGAAGAUGACGCGGACGAGGACGAAGAGAACGAAGUGGACGAUGUCGUCAACGCUGCCGACAGAGUUUCGGUGACGUCGAUCACGGAGAGCUCGGCGACGGUCGACGACGCCAGCAUGUGGAACAUCCGCGCGAUCGAGGCGCUGGUAUCUCCAAAGAGCGAGUCGGCAAGCGACGAUGCGAUCGUGUCGCUGCACCACGAGACCUUCUUGGCGUCGAUCCUCGCGUCGGUGGCGUCGGGCAGCGUCUUUUACGUGUCGUCCCUCUCCAGCCAAGUGCGUGCACUCGUCAACAACGACAGCGCGGCCACGAUGGCCAUCAAUGCGAUCCUUGCGUCGCCGCGGCUCCAUCCGCAACUGCGCUACUGCGACGACGACGACCGGCGUCCGUGCUUUGUCGCAGCGACGCCACCGCCGGCGACGAUCGAUCCCGAGACGGUUCAGAAACACGUGGCGGCGCUGAGCCAACGCAUGGAGCACGCGCUGCGUACGGCGAUGCGUUUUGACGUGGGGUUUGUGCCCGGCGUUGGCGACUACAACAGCAGCGAGCUCGCGCGCCUCGUGGUGGCCGAGGUCGCCAAGGACCCACGCUUUGAGCUGCGCGCGACAGACGAGCGUCAACCGUACUUUGAAACGUCACGCGCGCAUCUUUGCAAGCCAGCGUCGCCGCCGCGCAAACCGGAGCCGCAAGCCCGGGUGACGGUAAUUCCGCUGGAGCCGGUCGGUUUUACGCCGCCGGUGCCGACGAACGUCGACGACGCGCCGCGACCGGCUCUGCCCGCCAAAGUUGAGUUGCAUGGACACGUUGCAGUGGUCAAGACGGCGGUGCAACUGCGCGAUGUCGUAGCCGCGCACGCGAUCUUGCGCGAGCCGUGGCUGCCUGGUCGCAUCGCGCUUGCCGUCCACGGCAACGGCUCUGCACUCUUGUUGGCCAUGGCCUGGGGAACGGAAGCGCUCAUCGUCGACUGCGAAAGCACCCGGGUCGAUGUCGUUGCGACGCUGCUGCAGCCAAUGCUUCUCUCACCAAGUGUCUGCAAGGUCAUCUACGGCUCGCACACGCAGGCCGGCGCUUUCGUGCGUCUUGCCAAUAGUCCGAUCGCGUCACUCAUCGACCUCGAGCUCCUCUUUGAGCACCAGACGUCGCGCUUCAACGUCUCGUUUGCCGAGAUGCUCUCAAUCGUCGGGCUACCGGCGCACCCGCACCCGCGGUACCUCGACCGACCCGACUUUUUGAACCACCGCCCACUGCUUCCGGAAGCCACGCAAGCCGCGGCGGCGACAGUCCAACUGCUUCUUCAAGCCUCGGAUGUCCUCGCCAAGGCCAUUUUCGACAACAUUUCGCCGCUCAUGUCAGCCUCCAACCAGCGACUGCAUCACGCGAUUGCUUCCGAUGGCCAGCGAUCGCUCUGCUUUGAUGCGCAACACAAUCAGCGCCUUGUCUCGACCGAGUACCUCCAGGCGUGGCGGCCCCACGACGUUAUCUCGAGUCCGCCGGUGGUCAUCCACGAAGACUUGGACGACAUUUUGGGGUUGCUGCCACCCGACCUCGCGGCACCUCUGCUCCAACCCGACGUCAGCGCCAAGCUGCUCGACAUCGUCUUGGACCUCGGACGCCGACCGUGGGCAUGGGUCAAUGGCGCGCGUUUCUUCCUCGACACAGCCAAUCAGGAUCGCGUCGUCACGAGAGACGACCUGGAUUCGAUUGUUGACCGCAUUGGCGGCUUUGGCAGCGACAACCGCGCCGGCCUCGAGCGCCAACUGCACCGCAUCUCGGCCAUUCGCAACCGCCAAGACAAUAUCAUCGCACUCACGAUCCGCGUCGGCCGGUACAUUGAGGGCAACGCGGGCUUGAUCGCGGAUCUUCUGGCGACGGAAGACAAGAACAUUCUCUUCCUCGGCGAACCUGGCUGCGGCAAAACCACCAUCGUCCGCGAAGUCUCUCGGCAGCUCGCGACCAAGUACAACGUCUGCAUCGUCGACACGAGCAACGAGAUUGCAGGCGACGGCGACAUUCCGCAUCCGUGCGUGGGCUUGGCGCGGCGCAUGAUGGUGCCGUCGCUCAACGACCAAGCCGCAGUCAUGGUCGAGUGCGUCCAGAACCACACGCCCGAGGUCAUGGUCAUCGACGAGAUUGGCCGUCCGAACGAAGUCGAGGCCGCGCGCACGUGCAAGCAGCGUGGUGUGCGCAUCGUGGCUUCGGCGCACGGCGACCUGCGCAAGCUGCUCAAGAACAAGCCGCUGCGAGGUCUCGUGGGCGGCGUCGAGUCGGUGACGGUCGGCGACGCAUUGGCCAAGGAAAAGCAAAAGAAGGACGACAAUGGGCCGCUGCGAAAGCUGUUGGCGCAGCGCGGUGGCGAGCCGAUCUUUGACGUGAUUGUGGAGCUGCGUCGCGGGCAGUACAACGCGUGGCGCAUCGUGACGGACGCCGCGUCGGCGGUCGAUGCCAUCUUGGCCGGCGAGGCGUACGAAGCGCAAGUGCGGACGCGGCCUCCGUACGGCGGCGUGGGUUUUGGAUACGGUGUCGAGUCGAUCUAAACGCAGAGAUCAAACAUUUUGAACAAAGUC